GGCAUUUUUCCUGCCUCAUAUAUACAUCUUAAGGAAGCAAUAGUUGAAGGCAAAGGACAACAUGAAACAGUUAUACCCAACGAGCUGCCCUUGAUUCAGGAGGUGACCACAACGCUGCGGGAAUGGUCUAUCAUAUGGCGACAGCUAUAUGUUCAAGAUAACAGAGAAAUGUUUCGCAGCGUGCGGCACAUGAUAUAUGAUCUGAUUGAGUGGAGAUCUCAGAUACUGUCUGGGACCCUACCCCAAGAUGAGCUCAAAGAACUGAAGAAGAAAGUGACUGCAAAAAUCGAUUACGGCAACAGAAUUCUUGACUUAGAUCUGGUUGUUAGAGAUGAAGAUGGCAAUAUUUUGGACCCAGAGCAGACCAGCACGAUUAGUCUUUUCAGAGCUCAUGAAGUAGCUUCCAAGCAAGUUGAAGAGAGGCUGCAGGAGGAAAAAUCACAGAAGCAGAAUAUCGAUAUCAACAGACAAGCCAAGUUUGCUGCCACUCCUUCAUUUGCUUUAUUUGUAAAUUUGAAAAAUGUAGUCUGUAAAAUAGGGGAGGAUGCUGAAGUCCUGAUGUCUCUGUAUGAUCCACUGGAAUCCAAAUUUAUCAGUGAAAACUACUUGGUGCGCUGGUCAAGCUGUGGACUCCCCAAAGACAUAGACAGAUUGCAUAACCUUCGGGCCGUGUUCACCGACCUGGGCAGCAAAGACCUGAAAAGAGAGAAAAUCAGUUUUGUCUGUCAGAUUGUGCGAGUGGGCAGAAUGGAGCUGAGGGAUAACAACACGAGAAAACUCACCUCCGGGCUGCGGCGACCUUUUGGAGUAGCAGUGAUGGAUGUUACCGACAUAAUUAACGGAAAAGUUGAUGAUGAGGACAAGCAGCACUUCAUACCCUUUCAACCGCUAGCGUUGGAUGACGCCAUUCGACACAAGCAGCUGAACAUAUCAUCCCGUUUUUCACCCAGGGUGGCAGGGGAGAAUGAUUUCCUUCAGACUGUUAUAAACAAAGUGAUUGCUGCUAAAGAAGUUAACCACAAGGGUCAGGGUUUGUGGGUGACUUUGAAACUUCUUCCAGGAGAUAUUCAUCAGAUUAGGAAAGAGUUUCCACACUUAGUGGAUAGGUCAACAGCCGUAGCUCGGAAGAUGGGGUUUCCUGAGAUUAUUAUGCCUGGGGAUGUUCGUAACGACAUCUAUGUAACGUUGGUUCAGGGAGAUUUUGACAAAGGCAGUAAAACAACGGCAAAGAAUGUAGAAGUUACAGUAUCUGUUUAUGAUGAAGAUGGCAAAAGAUUAGAGAGCGUUAUUUUUCCUGGCGCUGGUGAUGAAGCCAUCUCUGAGUACAAGUCAGUAAUAUAUUACCAAGUAAAGCAGCCUCGUUGGUUUGAGACUGUAAAGGUCGCAAUCCCCAUUGAAGAUGUGAACCGCAGUCAUUUAAGGUUCACAUUCCGUCAUCGAUCAUCACAGGACUCCAAAGAUAAGUCUGAGAAAAUAUUUGCCCUUGCCUUUGUGAAGCUCAUGAGAUAUGAUGGAACAACUCUGAGAGAUGGAGAACACGACCUCAUAGUUUACAAGGCUGAAGCAAAGAAGCUGGAGGAUGCCUCGACGUAUUUAAGUCUGCCAUCCACUAAAAUAGAAUUGGAGGAAAAGGGACACUCGGCAACGGGGAAGAGCAUGCAGAACCUCGGAAGCUGCACCAUCAGCAAGGACUCUUUCCAGAUUUCUACUCUAGUUUGUUCAACAAAACUUACUCAGAAUGUUGAUCUCUUGGGACUUCUGAAGUGGCGAUCAAACACCAACCUGUUGCAGCAGAACUUGAAGCAGUUGAUGAAGGUUGAUGGUGGUGAAGUGGUUAAGUUUCUUCAAGAUACGCUGGAUGCACUUUUUAACAUAAUGAUGGAGAACUCGGAGAGUGAGACAUUUGACACGUUAGUGUUUGAUGCUUUGGUAUUUAUCAUUGGACUGAUCGCUGACAGAAAAUUCCAGCAUUUUAAUCCUGUCUUGGAAACCUACAUCAAGAAGCAUUUCAGUGCUACAUUAGCCUACACAAAACUGACUAAAGUUUUAAAAACCUAUGUGGAUAACGCUGAGAAGUGUGGGAUCACCGAUCAACUCUUUAAAGCUAUGAAAGCUUUGGAGUACAUCUUCAAGUUCAUAGUCCGGUCCAGGAUACUGUUCAAUCAACUUUAUGAAAACAAAGGAGAAGCAGACUUCAGGGAGUCUCUGCUGCAGCUCUUUAAGUCCAUCAAUGAGAUGAUGAGCAGCAUCUCCGACCAGACCGUCAUCGUCAAGGGGGCAGCACUUAAAUACUUGCCAGCUAUUGUCAACGAUGUGAAAUUAGUAUUUGAUCCAAAAGAACUGAGCAAGCUCUUCACCGAAUUCAUCCUGAAUGUUCCCGUGAGCCGACUCACAAUCCAGAAGCUGUACUGCUUGAUAGAAAUAGUUCACAGUGACCUCUUCACGCAGCACGACUGCAGGGAAAUCUUGCUGCCAACGAUGACAGAUCAGCUGAAGUAUCACUUGGAAAGACAAGAAGACUUGGAGGCUUGUUGCCAGUUGCUGAGUAACAUCCUGGAAGUCCUUUACAAGAAAGAUGUGGGGCCAACACAAAGACACGUCCAGAUAAUCAUGGAGAAGCUAUUGAGGACAGUAAACAGAACAGUCAUUUCCAUGGGACGUGAUUCGGAGCUCAUUAACAAGGAUAUGGUGAAACCAAACGAGAAACGCUGCAGAAAUGAUCCGAAAGGGAUCUGUGCUGUGAAGUGUGAAAGCUGUUGGAGGUUCAUAGAAGAUUUAGAGGGGCCUCUCCGUGACAGUGAAGGAGAAUCUCUGUGGGAUGAGGACGACAUUUUUCCUGGGGAAGAGGAGCAACUGGGGAGUGAGAAGCGUGAAGGGAAACAGAGAAUGUGA